AUGGCGGCGGGGUCAUCUGGCGGCGGCGGAGGUGUUCCGCCGGGGUUUCGGUUUCACCCCACGGAUGAGGAGCUUCUCCACUUCUACUUGAAGAAGAAGGUUUCAUUUCAGAAGUUCGAGAUGGAGGUUAUAAGGGAGGUCGAUCUCAACAAGAUCGAACCCUGGGACCUACAAGAGAAGUGCAAGAUCGGGUCGACUCCACAGAACGAAUGGUACUUUUUCAGCCACAAGGACAGAAAGUACCCAACGGGUUCUCGGACAAAUAGAGCGACGGGUGCAGGAUUCUGGAAAGCAACCGGGAGAGACAAAUGCAUACGCAACAGCUUCAACAAGAUCGGAAUGAGGAAGACCCUUGUCUUCUACCGCGGCCGAGCCCCCCACGGCCAGAAGUCCGAUUGGAUCAUGCACGAGUACAGGAUCGAGGAUUCCCACAACGAACCUCCUCCAAAUGAGGAUGGAUGGGUUGUUUGCCGCGUAUUCAAGAAGAAGAAUCUGUUCAAGAUUAGUGGCAGAAGCGUUGAAGGAGGAGGAGGAGGCAGCAGCAGCGGAGGAGGGGUGAUGGCUGAUCACAAUUCAUACAAUGCAGCAGCUUCCAUGAAUCAAUACAUGUUGCAUUCACAUUCACAACAUGCUGCUGAUUUGAACUACUCACACAUCCCAGUUGAUCAUCAGUACUCACAAGUUGAGCCACACAACUUCCACCUCAAGCCACUGAUGCUCACCAGCGCCAGCAACUACGAUCAUCAAGACUAUAACGAGCACCACCACCCACCGCCGCUCAUCAACAACAUGCAGGUCAAAGACCUGAUGUCCAGAGACGACUGCGAGAGCACUGCCACUCCUCACCCCCCUAGUUUCCAAUCUUGUGAGCCGGCCCUCGAAUGCGACCAUCACACCUCCCAACCCUUGACCCAAUGGGAUCCUCUUGUGGUCACUUCUUCCCACACAAAUCCCACCCAAAUCAACCACUUGUCUCUCAGAAGUGAGAUGGACUUUUGGGCUUAUGGCAAGUAGCUAAUUAGCUAUGCCACUUUCUGUUUAUUUCCACUCUUGGUAAUUGAAUAUAAUUCAUAUGUCAACAACUUGUAACUCUGAUUCUUUUGAUAUUGUUACUCAUUCAUGAAAAGUCUCAUACUUGUUUGAA